CCUUAUUUGUUCACCCACCAACAGGGAACGUGAGCUGGGUUUAGACCGUCGUGAGACAGGUUAGUUUUACCCUACUGAUGCACCGCCGUCGCAAUGGUAAUCCAACCCAGUAAGAGAGGAACCGUUGGUUAGCACAAUUGGCAAUUGUGCUUGGCUGAAAAGCCAGCGGUGCAAAGCUACCGUGCGUGGGAUUAUGACUGAACGCCUCUAAGUCAGAAUCUGUGCUCGCAGCGACGGCGUAUGCCUCCUCGGAUGACACAAGGCUGUCGAUAGGGCCAGCCSGUCUGGCCCCGAAAGCAUAAGUUCGGAGUUGUCCCUCUUGCGGCGGAGCACUGACGCCCUGCGGGUCUCUUCAUCGCAAUUUCUUUCGCUCGGGGAGUCAAACCCUUUGCAGACGACUUAGACAGGGAACGGGGUGUUGUAAGCAGUAGAGUGGCCUUGUCGUCACGAUCUGUUGAGAUUCGGCCCUUUGUUCCACAGGGUGUGGUGUGGGCGGGUGCUGUUCGCAGCCAAUCUUUUGAGCGGGUGCGGCGGGCUGUGUUGGAUUGUGCGGUACCUUGCYGUUGGAGAUGGCCUACGGAGGGAAGUUCACCGACAAUUCAAACAGUCGGACUUCGCGGCGUCUCGGCAGCUCAUUGCACGUUCCAUGAUUGUUCGACGUUCUUUUGGUAGGCUGUCCGGCGUGGCGUGCCUACGUGCGCCUCGACCAUCACUCCUUGCGGCUGCUCGUCACACCCGCUACCUGGUUGAUCCUGCCAAUAGUCAUAUGCUUGUCUCAAAGACUAAGCCAUGCACGUCUAAGUGUGAACACUUUGCACUGCGGGGUGUUACUAACUCAGGGGGUGUGGGAGUACCUACCCGCCCGCCCCAGAGGAGUGCGGCUACUGAUGUGCAGCAGGGUGGGGAAGUCCCGAAUGAGGAUGUGCCGGCUGAAGGGCUGGGGAUACUGCCUAGUGCGCAUGAAGACCGGGAACGGCCAUCCAAUGGAGAAACGGCGGUGUUACAGCCAGUAGAAGGCGAGGGUCAACGACUAGGAGCCUCUGGUCAGCAAAGGGUAGUGGUUGCCGGACAACGACCAUCUAUGAAUCGCCAGGGGGAGAAUGCAUUUGAGGACGUUGUCAUGCAGGAUGCGCCUCAGGCGCCAGUGGUAGAAAUUAUCAGCGAGGGCCAGCAGCGUGACCCUCACCCUCUUCAGGGUAUCUUGGAACAACGACAGGGUGUUGAGGUGGAUAGAUCAUUGGGUGUCCGCCGGGAUGAUGGGAAUGCUCCGGAUGGGCAGUCGAGCCUGUUGGUGCGACAGGAAGGGCAUGAACAGCAGACUGGGGUUGUUCAGGAGGAUAUCCUACCGGGUCAACGUCCUGUUCCCCGGCGUUUGGAGCGAGUUAUUGAGGUAAGUGAUGAGGAAGGAUCGAAUGUGAUACCCCCUCGGUCAGCAUCGUGCCAAGAAAUUAGGGCACCGUUGAGGAUCUUGACUGGUGAACCCUCUCCUACGCCGGACUUACCUCAUGGCCGUGUGAGGCUGUCGUCACCUGAUCCUCAACAGCAUGCACAGGAUGAAGGCCAGGAAGAAGAGCCGGACCCCAGGACGGCUGGGAGGAAUGUGGAUCCUAGGGAGGGGAAAUUUUCUAGUGAAAGGUUACAUAUGAAGCUGUUGGAUGGGGUAUUGGAGGAGAUGCUCUCUAAAGAGCGUCUGUAUCUCGUGCCACUGGUUUUUAUGGAGGAGGCGUCUGUUCUGCAAAUUCUGACUGUUUCGACUUCGGCAGGUGUACACAACGCACGCUUCCCAAUGAUAGCUUUGACGAAUAUGCCCACUCAGCAGCGGGCCUUAUUGGCAGCACAGGAAUGGUUGGCGGUUGCAGCUGAGGUGGCAAUGGUUCCUGGCAUCUCGGCUAUUAGGUUGCUGGUCCCCACUAGCCAUGGCUUUUCGGUGGGCUUGUACUGUUUCUUCAUACGGGCCAAGUACGAGCGUCUGCAGGGUAGUGCCUUGCAUGCCCCUAGUUUUGGAUGGCGGAACCUCUCACUGGUUCUUGAUUUUGCGGAAGCGGAGGAACAUGCAGUGGUUAUCGCUAUGACAGCCCCUCUGCGGAUUCUCAAGGAUCUUGAUAGGCAUAUGCCGGUGGCCAAGCUGGGCAUGAGGGGGGGGGGUGCUAUAAUUUUCACAAGAUUCUUCACGCGUAAAAUUAUGGACUUCUUUUGGGACACAAUGGGAAGAUGGGCGUGGGUGUUCAUCGAAGAGGGAGGGAAGAAGCUGUUGGUGGUCAAUGUUUAUGCUCCAGUGGAUGUCACUGAGCGUAAAUGGUUUUGGAGAAAUUUCACAGCAUGUCUCCCGGAGACAGAUGCCAUGUUACUAAUAGGUGAUUUCAAUACGGUUAUUUGCCCAGGAAGAGAUUCAGUUGUUCAAGGGGAUCCUAAGCCAGAUGCGGAAGCCUUGUGUGCUCUUAUGGAAGAUAUGGCCAUGGUAGAUGCUUUUCGCAGAAUCUCUCCGGAUGACAGGUGUUUUACUUGGUUCGGGACCUCCCCUCUUCUACGAAGCAGACUCGAUAUGGCCUGGAUUUCGAGUGACCUUCUGCCAAACCUCCAGAGCUUUGACCAGCAUUUGGUGCCGAUCUCGGAUCACAAGUUCAUUUGUGUCUCGUUGGCAUUGCACCCCCGAGUACUUAAGAGACCCCCCCCCCCGAUGUCGGUUCCAACGUGGUUGCUGUCGGAUGCCCUUAACAGAGAGCUUGUUCAGCAGCACUGGGAAUGCUGGCUUCGGUCGCGUCCUCAGCAUAUGCCUCUGCUGGAACAUCUCCAAAAUGGUGUUCGAACCUUGGCUGUGAACAUGAAAAAGAGGGCUAAGAUCUCAAGGCAAGCGCAUGAUCAGACGGGCCAGUACCUCCGCAGGAUGGAGGCGUUAGGGGAAAUCCCUCCGGCAGGAAGUGAGGACGACUGGUGGGCAGAAUGGGUGUUAUUGUAUUCAGAGUGGGCUGGUUGGCAGGCCCGAGAUGCGGAGCUGUGGGGCCUCAGUUCGAAGACCAAGUGGGUGGGGGAUGCUGAGCGCAUGCCCAAGGCCUUCUUUGCUCAAAUGAAGAACAUGUCCGGAUCACCGUUGAUUGUGGAAAUGGGUCAUCCCUUUGAACCACUCAAAGUAAGAGCAGACAAUACUCCGGACAUCCUUAAAUACGUAGAACUGUUCUACAAGGACUUGUAUCAGGAGGAUGAGCGCUGGUCGAAGGAGGACAUGGCUGUUGUGCCGGCUAAGGAUGUGUGGGAUAAAUGUGUCACUCAGGUGUCACCAGAAGAGAGGGCUAUUCUGGACGCUCCUAUUACUCAAGAGGAGGUGGCAAGGGCUAUGACAGGAAUGCAUAAAGGUGAAAUUCUUGGAUUUAUGGAUGACGAACUUCUGCGAAAGCAUUUGCCAAGGACGUUCUCAUUAAUCAAGAACGAAAGUUGGGGGAUCGAAGACGAUCAGAUACCGUCCUAGUCUCAACCAUAAACGAUGCCGACUAGGGAUUGGCGGAUGUCUAUUGGAUGGCUCUGCCAGCACCUUGUGAGAAAUCAAAGUUUACGGGUUCC